CGAAUGCGUGUGUGUGUGUGUGUGUGUGUGUGUGGUGUUACUGUCGCGCUGUAAAUCCACAAGGGGGUUUGAGCGCGUUUAAGGCAGAUCGACAGAAGAAAUAGAAUCGCGUGUCCCAAAGGGGGAGAGCAAGCAAGUGAACCCAAAAUAGGUCUUGUGUGUGUGCGUGCAAAUGGGAAGGCGGAUAGUGUUGGAGUGUACACUGAUAUUCUGCCUUAAGCCUUGCAAUCCAUCCAUUUCUCGCAUUGACUUUACAAUCAUCAUCCUUUUACACUAUUCUUCCCAUUCCUCCCUUUCUCAAUAACCAUCAUAGAGGCAUUCAUUUCCAAUCAACACCAAAGAUCGAUUACCAUCUCUCGGCUGCUUCGUAUAGCAAAAAUGCCUAAUCCCUCUUUACCAUCCGACUAUGCUGCCAUACUCAACGAAUUGAAUAGAGACGUCUCUCGUCAUCAACCACGAGAUCCUUUACAAUUUUGUGCUGAUUGGUUCGCUGCAAAGUUACGUGAAGAACGUUAUUUGGCUGCAAAUGGUAAUCUAGGUACAACAGCCGCCGCUGCCGCUGCUGCUGCAGGUCGAUCGGGUUCAGGACUAAAUUCAUCUUCUCAAUCAUCAUCUUUGGAAGAUACGCCAAUGGCACAAGCAUCUUCUACAUUUUCCACUUCCAAUCCAUUCUCACCUUCAACAGGAUCAACUUUUGGCACGCCUGCAACAGGAACAGGCACACCUUUUACUGCUGAAAGUGCGGCCGGUACAUUUGCACCUCCAGCAAAUUACAACUUUGCAAGAAGGACAAGUGUUAGUGCUGAAUCGUUAGCACCCGCUUCAGGAUCACCUGCUUCUACACCAUCACUAACGGAACCUUUGCAAAAGACUGUAAUUCCAAAAAGUGAUUCACAAAUGCAAAGAAUUCGUACUUCAAUUCAAAAUAAUUUAUUAUUCCGCAAUUUGGAUGAAGAACAAGAAAGGGACGUACUAUUAGCAAUGAAAGAAGUAACUUGUGAUCCAAAUACGAUUGUUAUCAGACAAGGUGAUCAAGGAGAUUUCUUUUAUGUUGUCGAAAGUGGAUCUUUGGAUGUUUAUGUUAAAGCUGGAGGUGCAGAAAAUGGCUUUGGCGUUCCAGGUGGUAUACCAGGCCGUGGUAGCGUUGGCAGUAUCGCAAGCACGGAUUCCGAAGGUCCCGCAACUACUCAAUUCGGUAAUACAAUCGUACCAGGAACAAACUUGAGUGCAACGUUGGGAGAUCAUAAAGUGACUUAUGGUCCAUCUGAUGCAUUUGGUGAAUUGGCAUUAUUGUACCUCCAACCUCGUGCAGCAAGUAUUGUCUCUACGUCAAAGUGUGUCCUUUGGGCUUUAGAUCGUGUCACAUUCCGAAGCAUUUUGAUGGAAACGAAUGCAAAGAAACGUGGACAACUAGAAAAGUUCUUGCGAGGCGUUCAUCUAUUCGAAACACUGGAUUCUGCUAAAUUAUCCAAAUUGGCUGAUGCUUUGCAAUUCCGUGAUUACAAUUACGGUGAACGUAUUAUCGAACAAGGUGAAAGAGGAACGGAAUUCUUUAUCGUGGUUGAUGGAAUCGUUAGCGUACGAAAACGUAGAGAUCCAAGUGCACCAGAAGAUGAUUGUGGUACAUUGGUAACGGGAGAAUAUUUCGGUGAAUUGGCUUUGCUCAAUAAUGCACCUCGUGCUGCCUCAAUCGUUGCUACUCAACCACCUGCGGAUACCGCAACUUCUGGAAAAGUUAGAGUGGCCGUUUUAUCCGAAUCGGCAUUUAAGCGAUUGGUCGGAUCUUUGGCAAGUACGAUGGAAUUACAUGCAUCAACGCAUUAUUACGGAAGCAAUAGUCGUGAUGGAUCAGUUUCAUCCACAGGAAGUGGUUCGGCAAUCGAUCCAACGACUACUUUGCCAUCUAAUAUUUCAGCCGCAAUCAAUGCUUCAAAUUCGGAUGUUGGACCAAGUCCGCAUGAUGUCGUUGAAGGAGGUCUUGAUCCUCGAUCGGGAAGUAGCAUGGGACGUUGGGUUGGCGGAUUAGGUGCAAGUCCAUUCGGUUCUGUUCCUGCUCCUGCACCAUCAAUAGAAAUACCUCCAAGAAGUUGAAGUUGCUAGGAGAUCGUGUCAUGUAUGUUAAGAGUUUCUACGAAUGUUAUCCCUUUUUUUCUCGCUAUUAUUUGCUCAGACAGACAUAUUUUUGAUAACAAGAUAUAGAAUUACUUUUUUAAAAUGAGAUGAAGUACAC